AUGAGUAAUUUUACAACUCAGGGCUUCUCAAAACGAUUGAGAAGCCAAAUUCCAUAUUAUCAGGCCUCAAAUAAAGAAAUAAGCGACGAUCUUAAGCUUAUCGGCAUUGAUUUAACUUGCCCAGUUGAAACUUUCCCCAAUGAUAACUUACCGAAGCCUCGCAAAAGACCUCGGCUGCCUAUUAUUGACGAGGAUCAAGAAGAAAAUGAUGCUAUUGAUGGUCUUUCUGCAUUAAUUUUAGUAAAAAAUAAGACUAAAAAACCUAUAGUACCCGAACAAACUGAAACGAAAAAGGAAGGAAAGCCAGCUCAGGUGCCCAAAGAAGAGGUAAAAGCGCCGCCACCACAGCAAAGAUAUGACCUCAGAGCACUCCAGUUAGCCCAAAUGCAGCAGUAUUUGCAGAUGAUGAGCAUGCAGUCAAAUGCAUUUAUGUCUACAGGUGAUUGACGAAAUCUUAAUUAUCCAAUACAAUAUCAGUAUAGAAUGAAUCCAAAUUAUGUAUAUAAUGCUAUGUUGAGUCGAAAAUCUGGAAUUCAUAUAAAAAUUGCACAUAUGAUAUCACAGCAUCAAAAUCAGCUAAAUAGAAAUAAUGCGAUUUAA